CUCUUUAUUCUCUUUCAAACUACCUUACCAGGUAGGUAAGUUCAUCAGAAUUCUACAUGUAUAACAAUAAAUCGAACACCAUGGAAAUAUGUAGGAUCGAAUUGUUUUUGAACCUAGAGGGGGAAUUUAUUCAAGUCAAACCUCUAGCCAGGGGCUAGAACAAGAUUACAGGGACCGAACGCAAGUCUGCAUCGGUUCGUUGCGUCAAAAAGGGAGAAGUCGGGAAGUGUGUUGGUUCUAGUUGAACGUUGCCAGAAUAAGUUGUGUCUGUAUGAGAGAGACAGAAGGAACAAGAAAAUCUGUUAAUAAGGUUAAGCACCCCAUAUGUUUGAUGAAAUGCCCCAAAGAAUAUACUUUUUACAUUGCCCCACAAAAGCCUUGUUAUCCUUCACAGCAAGUCCUGAUUAACUACUUAGUUGUAUUUGGUAUUGACCCUGCAUAACAAUGGGCUUCAGAAUAAUCCAAUCAAUGUUGAGCUAUAAAGAAAAAGACAAAGGCGAUGUUAAUAAUCCACCAAUAUUGACUACUGACCAGAUCCCAAAGUUAUCAUUUCUCUGUGGGUGGGUUUCGGUGUCACACACACACUAUUUCGUCCAAUAAAGUCAGUCACUUUAUGAACUAAAACAUGAAGGUUGUUGAACCAUCAUUCAUGGGUAUGCCAGUUGUAACAAUGACUGAUAACUUUCUGUUGGUGCAUGGGUUUUCUGCUUUGAUACACCUUGGUUUCUUGCUUCUUGUAUUCAUCAGUUGUCUCUGCAAAAGAAUCAGUUUCAAAGGUCCUAAACAGAUACCCAACAAUGGGGUCUUGUUUUACAGACAGACCCUUUUAUCUUGUGUGGUCCUUGUGGUUCUUAACCUUGUUAUGUGUUUCUUGAACCUUAUUUAUUGGUAUAGAAAUGGUUGGAGUUUAGAAAACUUUGUUGGCUUUUCGGAUACCGUUUUUAGAACUCUUGUUUGGUUGUUCGUUUCGGUUUACUUGCACAAUCAUGUCUCUAAAUCCGCAGAAUCUAAGUAUCCGUUUGCAUUAAGGAUGUGGUGGUUUUCUUCUUUCUUAAUCUUUUGUUUUUGCCUAGUGUUAGACUGUGUCUUCUAUAAACAGGUCCAUAGUUUAUCAGCUCAAUUCUUGGUGUUGGAUGUUUCGUCUACUAUUGCCGGUUUAUUCCUGUGUUAUGUCGGGUUCUCGGUUAAGAAUGAAGGUGGUGCCGUUAGCCGUUUUGUUUAUGAAUCAUUGCUGGAUGGCAGUUCUAGUGUCACGAGCGAUCACAGAGAUUCCAAACGUGGGGGCGAAACUAUUACCCCUUCAGCAACCAGCAAUAUCUUUAGUCUUCUUACUUUCUCUUGGAUUAAUCCGUUAAUUUCUAUAGGAUAUAAGAAACGAUUGGAUCUUGAGGAUGUUCCACAACUUGACAGUUUAAAUAGUGCUCAACGAUCGUUUUCGGUCUUACGAAAUGAAAUAGAAACGGAUAAGCGUAAAAGCAGCGAAAUGAAUACUUUAAGUCUUGUCAAGGGUGUGGUAUUGACAACAUGGAAAGACAUUGUAGUUACUGGUGUCCUUUCUUUUGUGUCCGCAUUAGCUUCGUAUGUGGGGCCGUUUCUCAUAGAUACACUUGUUAAAUAUCUAAACGGACAUCGAAACUUAAAAGAAGGCUUUCUUCUAGUUUCGGCAUUCGGUGCUGCUAAGAUUGUGGAGUGUUUGGCACAACGACACUGUGAUUUUAAGCUGCAACAGGCUGGAAUCAAUGUCAGAGCUGCACUUGUUGCAAUGAUCUACCACAAAGGUUUGACCCUUUCAUCUCAGUCAAAGCAGGGGCACUCCAAUGGCGAGAUUAUUAACUUCAUGGCCGUUGAUGCUGAAAGAAUCGGUGAUUUUAGCAAGUACAUGCACAACGCUUGGCUGGUCUUCGUGCAAGUUGGUCUGGCACUAGCAAUAUUGUAUAAAUAUCUUGGGAUUUCUUCACUAGCUACCUUUGUUGCAACGAUUGUCGUCAUGCUAUCGAAUCUACCGUUAGGGCGUUUACAGGAAAAGUUUCAAGAGAAAUUGAUGAAAUGUAAAGAUAAAAGGAUGAAAACAACUUCCGAAAUUUUGAAGAAUAUGAGGAUUCUCAAGCUUUACGGAUGGGAGAUGAAAUUCUUGUCUAGAAUUAACGAUAUCCGUAAUGACGAGGCACAUUGGUUGUAUAAAUUUACAUUUACUAUGGCCAUGACAUGUGUCGCAUUCUGGGUUGCGCCCACGUUUGUGGCUAUCGCCACGUUUGGUAUGUGUAUGCUUCUUGGCAUCCCACUUGACUCGGGGAAGGUGUUGUCUUCACUUGCAACGUUUAAGAAUCUGCAAGAAUCAGUGUAUAAUCUUCCAGAUACAAUAUCGAUGAUAGUACAGACAAAAGUUUCACUCGAUCGUAUUGCAUCGUUCCUCAGUCUAUCCGAAUUAGAUUCUGGUCUGGUAGAAAUAGUCACACGAGGUAGUUCUGACAUGUCAGUCGAGAUUGUUGAUGGAAAAUUUUCAUGGGAUGUGACAUCUUGUAAUCCGACAUUGAGUGAUGUAAAUUUAAAAGUUAUUCAUCGCAUGAAGGUUGCUGUAUGCGGCCCGGUUGGCUCAGGAAAGUCGAGCUUACUGUCGUGUAUGCUAGGAGAAGUGCCUAAAUUAUCAGGAAAUGUCAAACUUAGUGGCACAAAGGCUUAUGUUGGUCAAUCACCAUGGAUACAGAGCGGAACGAUAGAACAGAAUAUCUUGUUUGGUAAGGAGAUGGACAGAGAACGUUAUGAGAAGGUUCUAGAAGCGUGUGAUUUGAAGAAAGACCUUGAAGUGCUCUCUUUUGGUGAUCAAACGGUUAUAGGCGAGAGGGGAAUUAAUUUGAGUGGUGGUCAGAAACAGAGAAUACAGAUAGCGCGUGCUGUGUAUCAAGAUGCUGAUAUUUAUCUAUUUGAUGAUCCGUUCAGCGCUGUUGAUGCUAUAACCGGAAACCAUCUUUUCAAGGAAUGUAUGAUGGGUUUCUUGGAAUCAAAAACAGUGAUUUACGUCACACAUCAGGUGGAGUUUUUACCGGCUGCAGAUCUCAUCCUGGUCUUGAAGGAUGGAAGAAUUACACAAGCUGGAGAAUAUGGUGAUAUUAUGAAGCUAGGAAGUGACUUUUUAGAACUUGUUGGCGCACACAAAGAAGCUUUAUUAGAAAUCGAUUCCGUAGGGCAUAAUUUAGUAACUGUUAAUGAGAUUAUCGAAGACGAGACUAUAACGGGUCAAAACGGUAAUUUAGUUCACACGGAGGAGAAGAAACGGCAGCUUGUGGAAGAAGAAGAAAGAGAAAGAGGUAAAGUUGGCUCAUCGGCGUAUUGGAAAUACCUUACAACUGCUUAUGGAGGGGCCCUAACGCCAUUGGUAUUAUUAGCACAAAUUAUGUUUGAAUCAUCUCAGAUCGGCAGCAACUACUGGUUGGCUUGGGCGUCGUCUACAUCUGAAAGCGAUGAAGCGCGUGUCGGUGGCUUUGAAUUCAUUAUCGUUUAUGUGGCUUUUGGUAUUGGAUGCUCUUUUUGUAUUCUGGCAAGAUCGUUUUUACUUAUGAAAGCUGGCUAUGAAACAGCCAACAGGCUUUUCUACAAAAUGAAUCUUUGUAUUUUCCGUGCACCCAUGUCAUUCUUUGAUGCCAACCCAUCUGGCCGAAUUUUAAACAGAGUAUCUACUGAUCAAACUGCGUUGGACUUGACAAUACCGUAUAUCAUUGGCCCUUUUGCUUUUGUGUCGAUACAGCUUUUAGGCAUUAUUUUAGUUAUGUCACUAGGUGCUUGGCCCGUGUUCCUUGUUUUCUUUCCUGUAGUUGGAAUUUGCAUCUGGUUACAGCAAUAUUACAUACCUUCAGCACGAGAACUGGCGCGAUUGGUUGGAGUAUGCAAAGCUCCAGUCAUUCAGCAUUUUUCCGAGACGAUAUCUGGAUCAACAACUAUUAGAAGCUUUGAUCAGAAACACAGAUUCCAAGAUACAUGCUUGAAACUGAUUGACGAUUAUUCGAGACCGAAGUUUCAUGUUGCUGGUGCAUUGGAUUGGCUCGGGUUACGCUUGGAUAUGUUGUCUUCUUUUAUAUUUGCAUUCCUUCUGAUCUUUCUUGUCUCUGUUCCUGAAGGAAUAAUUGAUCCCAGUACUGCGGGCUUAGCAGUAACAUAUGGGCUAAACUUGAACAUGUUACAAGCUUGGGCUAUACAAAAACUUUGCAAAUUGGAAAUACAAUUUAUCUCGGUUGAAAGAAUUUUUCAGUACAGUUCUAUCCCUAGUGAGCCUCCACUUGUUAUAGGCUCGAAUCGACCUGAUCGCUUCUGGCCUUCACAAGGAAAGGUCGAUAUUCACCAUCUGCAGGUUCGAUAUGCCUUACACAUGCCUCUUGUGUUGAGAGGUAUAACAUGCACUUUCCAUGGAGGUAGAAAGACCGGAAUUGUAGGGAGAACCGGAAGUGGUAAAUCUACUCUUAUACAAACACUCUUCCGUAUCGUCGAACCUACCAGUGGGGAAAUUUUGAUAGAUGGGAUCAACAUUUCAUCGAUUGGACUCCAUGAUUUACGAUCUAGAUUGAGCAUAAUUCCCCAAGAUCCCACUAUGUUCAACGGAACCGUUAGAAGCAACAUGGACCCACUUGAGGACUAUACAGAUGAUCAGAUUUGGGAGGCUCUUGAUAAAUGCCAGAUCGGUGAUGAGGUUCGAAAUAAGGAAGGCAAGCUUGAUGCAUCAGUUGCUGAAAACGGAGAGAACUGGAGCAUGGGUCAACGACAACUGAUCUGUCUUGGGCGUGUGCUACUGAAGAAAAGCAAGAUUCUGGUUCUUGAUGAGGCCACUGCAUCAGUUGAUACAGCAACCGAUAACAUGAUUCAGAAAACACUUAGAGAACACUUUUCAGAGUCUACUGUCAUAGCAAUAGCACACCGAAUCACCUCUGUGGUCAAAAGUGACAUGGUUUUAGUUUUAAACAAUGGUCUUGUUGAAGAUUAUGAUUCUCCUACAGCACUGCUUGAAGAUACUUCGUCUUCUUUUUCUCAGCUGGUUGUGGAGUACAGCAUGAGGUCGAAGAAUUCUAGUCAUGUAACUAGCUACAUUUGAGAAUCAGCUGAUGCCAAAUUGCAAUCAUUGUGUUCUGUAUAGAAAAGAAAGUACAACCAUCAUCAAACUAGACUGUUUGAAUGUAUA